GCGCGAGCAAGCGGACCAGGAAGCGCUAAACUGUCUCGCAGUCGCAGAAACCUCUUUCGUUUUCUGAGGGGACCAAAUGACUUCUUCUCGGACUGAUUCUCUAAUCCAAAACUUUACUUUUAUAAAUUAGUAGAGCUCAUGAGAGAAAUAUGAGACAUUUAUAGAAAAUCUGACUAUUAUUGAUCAAGAUAAGAGCGUCUCUUUCACCGCGUGCACGCAUUGCGCUCAUCACAAUCAACUAACUAGCCCUUCAGGUCUGAAAAGCACUGUAAGCACAAAGAUGUCCAAGCCCCCGAACUCUGCAUCUCAUUCCCAGUCCAGAUCCAGGUCCCGGUCUAGAUCAAGGUCAUAUUCUCGAUCUCACUCGAGGACUCGCUCUCGUUCAAGGUCCAGGAAGCGUCGCUACAGUUCCAGAUCAAGAUCCCGUUCACAUAGCAAGGAGAGGAACUAUUCUACCAGAGAUUUUCAGGGUAAUCGUGGAUAUAACCGUGGUUUCCGUGGCUACCGGAGGCCCUUCCAGUACAACCGAGGCAGAGGUCGCGGCUACUUCCCGCGAGGUAAUUAUCACAGAGGUGGCGGUCCUUAUGGUUACCGUUCCAACAACUGGCAUGGCCAUAGAGACCAGCAGCAGCAGUAUGACCCCUCUUACAGCCCUAGGAGGGGGCGCUCUCGGUCCCAUUCACCUCGAAAGCGUUCAAGAAGUCGAAGCAGAUCGCGCCAUUCCAAUAGAUCAUCCUCUGGGCGUUCCAGACGCUCAAGCUCCUCUUCCCGCUCCUCGUCUCCACGACGACGCAACACUAGCUCUGGAAGACCCCAUUCAAAAGACUCCAAGGGAAGGGGCUCACCUGGCGAGAGUAAGGGAUCCACCAAGGAAGCAUCUAAGCCUACAGGAAGUACCACUGACGAACCUUCUAGUAAAUGGGAAGCCCUGAGCGAUUAUGAUGCUAGCCCCAAAAGCUCAAGCAAUGCAAUAUCUACCGGCGGUCAGGCAGAGGCUAAAGUGUCCCUUUCUGGAGGUUCUGGCAAUGGCGGUUCACUGUGGCGGAGCAUUGGUCCUACCAACAAGAGCCCGCCAGCAAAGGCAUCAACUUCAACUGGCUUUGGCUUCGGCUUCUUUUCAAAGGAAGAUGUGAAGGCAGGGGACAAAUCAGCAUCCAUCUCGACUGCUUUCAAAAAGUUUUUGGCAGAAAAGAAACAGCCAGACAGGGAUAACGGCCGUGGUGAGGCUUUAUCUACGGGAGACGCUGAUAAUGAGAAGGGCAGUGGUAAGUCAAGAGGCAUUUUUGACACGUCGGAUUCUGGCUUCGACGGCUCAAAGACUGAUAAAGGACUUCCUUUUCUCGACCCUGAGGAAGAGUACCACCGCCAGGAAAUGAAAGACAGGAAGAGUGAGGAAGAGUCCAAAUAUAAAGACAAAGUCCCUCUUUCAUUGCGAGACUUCAGUGAGGAGCGUUUCGGAAAAUGGGAUGACUCUGUCUAUCUCUCUAACAAAGGUUCUUCACAGAGGGAUGAAGACGUAGAGGAGGAACUGGAUGAGGAACUUUACCGAAGUCGGAAGCACGCGGCAAGAAAGGAAGAGAAAGCCGCCAAGAAGAAAGAAAAGAAAAAGAGCAGGAUAAGUCUGUCCUCUCCAUCGCCCCCUAGAGGAUCGGAGAAUAGAGGCAGGCCAGUGUUCCCAGCUGGAAGAGAGGCCUCGCCCCCAGCCAAAUCCUCAGUGAAGAGAGACUCACAGUUUAAUUUCAGUGUAAAAGCAUUUACUGAUGAAGGAGAGAGCUCAACUGGUGCAUUAGGUAAAGAAAGACAUUUGUCACGGGAUCUUGUGCACCCUGGUAAAAAAGAUCAUGAGGAGUUUCGCUCAAUCUUCCAACAUAUUCAGGCUACUCAGCUUCGCAGGAGCCCUUCUGAGCUAUUUGCUCAACACAUAGUCACCAUCGUACAUCAUAUUAAAGCUCAACAUUUCCAGUCAUCUGGGUUAACUCUGAAUGAGCGAUUUGGAAUAUACCAAAGAAAAGCGGCAGAGGUGGAAAUGAUGAAGCCAAAGAAGAGUCCUGAAAUCCACAGGAGAAUCGAUGUGUCUCCCAGUGCUUUUAAGAAGCACACUCGCCUGUUUGAAGAUUUCGAAGAGAGCAGCUACAAGGAUCUUGGUAAAAAGCAUGAAGGUGAUUCAUUGGACCUUCGAUUUGCUAUUGAGCGCCGUAAAAAGGACCCUAAACGAGAGGGUGGAAAGAGUUCAGCUGGAUCACGCACACCCAGCCAUGAGCUCUCACCUGACAGAUCCUCCAAACACAAGAAGUCAAAGAAAAGCAAGAAGAAAAGAGCGCGCUCUCCUUCCUCUUCCUCCUCUUCAUCUUCCUCUCCCUCCCCUCGUCCAUACAGAGGGAGGGAGUACCAUGGGGAGGAGCACAUGGAGGGAGGAGUGGGGUUUAAUAAGGCUCGUCUGGGGUCCAAGGAGUACCUCGGGCCCAUGGAGCGUGGCGUCCCCCGGGACUAUGAGGGUCAUAUGGACAGGGGUUAUGAGAGGGGCAGAGGAGGGUACGAUCGAGGAGGAUAUGACAGGGGUCGUGGAGGUUACGACCGGGGGUUUCCCAGAAUGAGAGGUAGAGGAUGGAACAGGGGAAAUUACCCAGUCAACAACCCCAACAAUAACCCUCCGAAUAUGGGCGGCCCCCCACGCCCCCAAGAGGAGGAGUGGGACCCUGAAUACACCCCCAAGAGUAGGAAGUACUUCCAGCAUGAUGAUCGGGACAAGGAAGGUGAGAUGAAGUGGUUGGAAACUCGGGGCCGUGGCAGAGGAAAUUUCCCGCGUGGCAGAGGCACUUUUAUAAUUCGCAAGAGUGGCGGCAGCCCCAAGUGGACACAUGACAUGUUCCAGGGUAACGCUGAGGGGGGAGACAUGGGAGACGGCAGCGCAGAGCACAACCUCAAGGAUGACGACAAGUCUGCCGAAAACACUGCUUCCAAGCCAUAGAUUAUUAUAGAAUUACAUAGAAAAUUCUGUCAUUUACUCACCCUCUUGUUGUUUCAAACUUGCAUGACUUUCUUUAAUUGCAUGAAGAAGAAAAAUGCAAAUAAUGUGAAAGUUGACUGAGGCUAACAUUCUGUCUAACAUCUCUUUGUGUUCUACGGAAGAAAGUCAAGACAGGUUUGGAACAACAUGAGGGCAUGACAGAAUUUUCAUUCGUGGGUGAACUCCAUCUUUUUUCCUUCCCUGUCUCGACAAAUGUAGUUCAACAGCAGCUAGCGCAAAGUGAGCCACCCGGAGAAGUGUAUCCCUGAUGCACUGUAAAAGCCCUGUAUAGUAGAGCCGUGUGGAUUGUAUCAACAAACAUUCUAUAAGUUGCAAUGGGAAACCGCUUCUGUUUAUUUUUCACAUUUUUAUGUCAUGUGUUUUUUCCUUUUGUUUGGGGGGUGUGGGAGGUAUAAAAAUAAAAAAUGAAUCAUUGUCAUUCAGUGGUUGAAACAAAAAUUGAUCCUGGAAAGGGGAGGUACCCUGCAGAGAAUGCCUCGGUGAAAACAUGUUGGCUGGGAUUCACACAGAUGUGUGCUUUGUGUUUGUUUAAAGUGCAAUAGAAAAAUCAAUGCACUUGUGCCUUAGAUUUAACUGCAGUUUUACUUAUUUUUUGUAUUUUGCUGAUAGAUCGUCCCUUUUUGUUUUGAAUUGCAUGUAAGUUCAUGCAUAUAUGAUGCAAUCAUUUAUGUUACAGUCUCAUUGGACUAGGUUUUAGUGUCUCAUUGGAGCAUAUCUCUGUGUGGACCAAUCCACUGUUAACUGGAACUCAAAAGUUUUACUGUAAAAAAAUGUAUAGUAAAUGGGUUCUUUCAUAUUUGACAUCGCAUUUAAAUUAGUUUAAUUUCUGCCCGUAAAUGAUACCCCUAAUGACAACUUUAAAUGUAAAGAGGAAGAAUAAAAAAAACAGACAAAUUACUAUAUGCAUUGUAAUUACAAUUUGUUUUCAAUUAUGAGGGAAAAAAACAUUAUAUUUUUUUAGAUGCUUAUUCGUCCGAUUUUAAAGUGUAGAUAAUUACUUCAGUCCAAGAACAUGCAAGGAGCAGAUUGUGAUACAUUUAUCGCGGCCUUUGUAUACAAACAAAAGCUAUGAACCAGAAUGUAUAAAAGUUGUCACCUGCAUGUGUAGAUUAACAGACCGUUGUACAUUUACAUUUAUUUGGCCAUAAGCUCAUUAACAUCUGAAUGCUGCACUGUAUAGGUGUACUGCAACUAUACACUGCUCUGUAAAAGGUAGGAACUGUAUUUGAGAGAAUUCUAAAGGACUCAGCUGCUUAUACCUUAUAGACAACCUGCUAUGUGAUGACAUUACUGUAAUGCUGUGACUCAGAACUUCUGUUAACAUUUUACCAACUGCUCAGUCAGUGCUUUCAGUCUCCAUGGUGAUUAUGAAAUAAAGCCGUCCUCUGUUAUAAGUAGUCAUGUUUUUGUUUGAAGCUACGUUGGCUCUUUAAGACAUGAGUUGUAACAGCUGCUUUCAACAGCUGGAACUGUUUAACGAUUGUAUGAAGAAGUUCAGCUGCAUUUAUGCGCUGAGAUUUGAACUGCUUUGAUAAUUAAAUCCACAAUAUUUAAUCAAA